AGGGAGUCAGGGGACACUGAGAAGAAGCCCUAAGCCCUUGAACUUGCCAAAAGAGGAGACCAUUAGAGAGCACAAAGCUGCUGUUGUAAAAGACCUGGAGAAAAAGCUGCAUUUAUGGGAUGAUGUCUUUCCAUAUGGCCAGCAGAGACCAACCUAUGAUGAAAAUCUGGGUCGCAGGCUUCAGGGACCAACCAGUGACACCCCAAUCUACAACUUCACAGCUCAGGAUAUAUCUAAGGAAUAUAAGAUUUCCAGCUUUGAACAGAGGUUGAUGAAUGAGAUAGAGUUUCGCCUUGAACGUACUCCAGUGGAUGAAUCAGAUGAUGAAAUCCAACAUGAUGAGAUUCCUACGGGAAAGUGCAUUGCCCCAAUCUUUGACAAGAGACUCAAGCAUUUCCGGGUCUUGGAAGGCUCUCCUGUCACCUUCAGCUGCAAAAUUGUUGGAAUCCCCAUUCCCAAGGUAUAUUGGUUUAAAGAUGGUAAGCAGAUUUCAAAGAAAAAUGAACAUUACAAGAUGAGCAGAGAUGGUGAUGGGACAUGUUCUUUACAUAUCGAAGCUACUACAAGCGAUGACGACGGAAACUACACAUUCAUGGCUGCAAAUCCACAGGGACGAAUCAGCUGCUCUGGUCACCUGAUGGUUCAGACUCCUCCAUUACGUGGGAGAUUAACAACAGCAAUCCAGUCUCACAGGGGAAGAUCCCGAAUACCUGAAGGAGAUAAGGAACCUGUACAGGAGCGUUUUUUCCGGCCCUAUUUUCUGCAGGCACCUGGCGACAUGGUUGCUCACGAAGGACGGCUUUGUAGACUAGACUGCAAGGUGAGUGGGCUACCACCUCCAGACCUAGUAUGGCUUCUGAAUGGCAAGCCAGUAUUACCAGAUGCCACACACAAGAUGCUGGUCAGAGAGACUGGAGUGCACUCAUUACUUAUUGAUCCUCUCUCACUAAGUGAUGCUGGAACUUACACUUGCAUUGCCACCAACAAGACGGGACAAAAUUCAUUCAGCCUGGAGCUUACCGUUGUAGAAAAGGAAGUUAAAAAGGCUCCAGUGAUCCUGGAGAAGCUGCAGAACUGCGGUGUGCCGGAGGGGCAUCCCGUCCGACUAGAAUGCAGAGUGAUCGGCAUGCCGCCCCCCGUUUUUUAUUGGAAGAAGGACAAUGACACCAUCCCUCCCAACAGGGAAAGGAUGAGUAUGCAUCAAGAUGCUACAGGAUAUGUUUGCCUUUUGAUUCAGCCUGCUAAGAAGGUUGAUGCCGGUUGGUACACUUUAUCUGCAAAGAAUGAAGCUGGUAUUGUCUCCUGCACUGCUAGACUUGACAUAUACGCUCAGUGGCAUCAGCAGAUUCCUCAGCCCAUAAAGAUUCGUCCUGGUGGCACCCGAUAUGCAAAUCUGAGUGGGCAAGGACUCGACAUUUUUUCUGCUUUCUCUCCUGUUGAGAAUUCCAUGCGGCUCUCAUCACCGUCCCAGCCUGUGGUAGAAAGUGAUGAACUUUAAGGAGAAAAAAAAACUGUUUCCAAGACUACCUGCAACAACAAAGUGAAUACAUGCCCGAACUGUGAAAAAUAACGGAAGGCACAAGCCAAGAGAUUCAA